ACAUUAUUAUUCCCACUCCUUUCACCGGCAAACGAGUUACGACUUACGAGUCAGCUCAACGAGUUCACCAAAAGAAAUACAUAAUGGGUAUAUGCACUUCGACUGAGUCGACUCAAGUGGCCACGGCGAAACUGAUCUUGCUAGACGGGAGGAUGAUGGAGUUCACGAAACCCGUGAAGGUCGGAUACGUUUUGCAGAAGAACCCCAUGUGUUUUAUCUGUAACUCGGACGACAUGGAGUUCGAUGAGGCUCUUUCUGCCAUUAGCGCGGACGAAGAGCUUCAGCUAGGUCAGAUAUACUUCGCUCUUCCUCUUCGUUAUCUUCGUCAGCCACUUCAAGCGGAGGAGAUGGCUGCAUUGGCCGCUAAAGCUAACUCUGCGCUCAUGAGAAGUGGUGGUGGUGGAGGAGGCUGUCGCCGGAGACGUGUAGAUCCUAUUGUCCCUGGUGAUAAAUAUCGCGUUAGAGUUGCCUCCUGUGAUGAUACCGUUGGUUCAGGCUUCGGAAGGAGGAAGGAGAGAAACGCUGACGCUGACGGUGGUGGUAGUACUAGUAGUCGCCGGAGGAGGGAAUGCUACGCGGCGGAGCUGAGCACGAUAGAAGAGUGAAGGGUAUCUGGAAUUUGUUGAUAGUUGUAAUUAUGCUGGGGUAGUUUAGUCAUUUAAGAAAAACAAUAUGCAAAUUUAGUAGCUAAGCUUAGUAGUAGCAUCUCUCAUGUCGACAAAAAAAAGUAGUGGCAUCUCUCAUUGAUUUGUGACAUUUGUCGAAUUCAGUGUUAUUCCUACACUUUUUCCUUUUUUUUCAAGAAGACUAAAAAUUUUCCAUGGUAGA